CUGUUGCAACUGCUACUGCUAUUGCUCGGCACAGCGUUGGUGGUUCAGCAAGUGCAUGGCCAGUGCUCGUUUACGCUCGACAUGAAGUUCGGUUCCACGUAUCAACUGGUGUCUCCACGUUACCCUCAGAACUAUCCCGCGAACAUAGAGUGUACGUACACUAUUCGAGCACCCUACGGGUACAGGAUCGCUGUCGAUUGUCCUACCUUGCAGAUUCCGAGUAGCACCAACUGUAGGCUGGACUCGCUGAAGGUAUCACGCAGUGGGCGUUUGGAUUUUAGCGAUGCCUAUGUCUACUGUGGCGUUGGAUCACUGCAAGAGAAAUCAACCGGCAACAGCUUGACGAUGCGCCUCACAUCGGCACCAACUAGCUUCGGUGGCAAGUUUAGCUGUACGCUGAGCAUACCGGAGCAAAACUGUGAAUGUGGCCGGAAGAAGACGCAACGUAUCGUGAAUGGCGUGGAGACGGUAGUGAACGAGUUUCCCAUGAUGGCGGCACUGAUCGAUGUUAAAACGAAAACCGUUAUCUGCGGCGCCACCAUCAUUACUGAUAAUUAUGCCCUGACGGCGGCUCACUGUCUACUGCAACGUACCACGAACGAUACGGUGCUCUUAGUAGGCGAUCACAAUAUACGCUCUGGCAGCGAUACGUCGUUUGCGCAGAUCUACGUCGUGGUUCAGUUUUUGAGCCAUUAUGGAUUCACCCUGAAGCCGGUAGCGAAUGAUAUUGCGCUGGUGCGUACUGAAAGAGCGAUCCAGUACAACGCAGCGGUUGGUCCGGCAUGUCUACCAUGGCGAUACACGAGGCAAUCGUUCGAGGGUUUACAGCUGGAGGCUACUGGUUGGGGUGACCUGGAUUUCGGUGGCCCUCGUUCGGAUACCCUUCAGAAAGUUCAACUUUCGGUCAUCGCCAACUCGCAGUGCUCGCAGCGUCUAGGAAGCACUGUUCCGUAUCAGCAGCUUUGCACCUUUACACCCGAUCGUGACACUUGUCAGGCGGAUUCUGGUGGUCCCUUGUUUUACACAAAUCCUUCGACCGGGCUGCUGUAUAACGUGGGAUUGGUUAGCUUUGGGUUCGCUUGUGCCACCGAGCGGCCAAGUGUUAAUACCAGGGUUACCGAGUUCCUGGACUGGAUUAUGGCUAAUAGCGCCACGUCCUUCUACUGUUUUCGCUAAGCGAGAUACGGUGGUGUUGAGAUAACGAGCAAAGAACUAACCAACCGGCCGAGGGAAACUCCGACUAACCACAUGAUAAAACGGGACGUCCCACCAUUGCCUUGGUCCACCCCUUUUUCGGUUUUCGAACAGGUAAAACCCAGAUUAAUUCCACAACACUCGCUGGAGCACAUAUUAUAGAAAUUGGAAUGCUGCGACCCGCGUGCGAUCACACACAAAAGGUUUCUUCGCCACACGAUGCCUGUCGCUUGGAUAGUGAAGUCGCAAGAUGACAAAUUGUUUUGCUUAAUUUUAUGUAAAAUAAAUUCAACAGAGAAAUCCCUCGAAACGCUUGCCUAUGGUGGCCAGCUCGAUUUGUGACCGUUUGCCAAGAGAGAAUGCAAUAGUCAGACGGGCGGGGUUUCAGGACGUGAAAAUGGUCACCCAACAGGCCACCGGUUGUUGGCCGGUAGGUUAGUGAUGUUACUCUCGAUGUUGGCGAACCUAAAAACAAGAAAUAAAUAUUAAAACCAACUGUUACGGACAGCAAGUGCCAAUGGUGGACGACAAGGAUUCGCUGUAAAAGUGCGAUUUAUGCACCGCCCAUCGUGCUAGCCCACAAACGCCUAGCAACGUCUGUAGUUGGCAUUGCGUUGCUAGCAUAGACCACGGUUCGUGCACCAUGCUGCAUGUC